ACACGUUGGUCGCGAUACUCAGCUUCAUGGACCGCUGGCUGCAAGUAAUAGCGGUUACACAACAGAUGUCGGCAUGAGAUAGUUUGUCACAGCGUUCAGUACACGACUAACGUCGUCAGUCGAGCGUUCUGGUUAGUCGCCACAGACGCUCGAGGGAGAAACGUCUCGAGACAUCUGACCAGCGUUUGACACUUCAGCGCACUGGGAUUUUGGUAUGUGCUGACCGGUUGAACUCGCUGUUGACUCUCACUGACCUAUUUCAGUAAUCUCGGACCACGUGGUGAUUGUUUUGUUUCUCGCGUGAUCAGGUUUAAACUCGCCGUACAUUGUGUUCAGCAAGGUUAGACAGUGUGCGUAUAAGCGUUGUCAAUCUUCGGCCAAUACAGAUCCCAGCGUAACUGAUAAUUAUACCUACGAAGUCCGUGGAAUUACAGUGUUGACUGACAGGACAGCACGUGGAGAUUUCUUUCUGUCCAGAGAGACACCACCACCAGCAAGAUGACGCUGGUUUUGAGGAACAUGCAGAAAUUGGUGAAACUCAACAUGAGACGUUUGGAAACGGAGAUCAACAUUUUGAGAAAGUGUUUUGGUGUGGAACAGUUCGACAUGUCAGUGUUGUGUAUUUGUGACGAAGAGAUGGCGACCCUGAACUCGGCUUACAGGAGGAUUAACUCGACAACAGACGUUCUUGCGUUUCCAUUUUAUGAGGGCCUUGACCCAGGGGAGUUGCCCGAGGAUGACAACCCUGAUGAGAUGAUACUCGGUGAUAUCUUCCUUGGCGUCAGUCACAUCAGCGACCAGUGCAAGAAAUAUGACGCUGACUUCCAUGGAACAUUGCCAAUCAUGUUGACACAUGGCAUGUGUCAUCUCCUUGGCUACGACCACGAGACUGAGGAACAAUGGCGGAAGAUGUAUUCCAAGGAGCUUCAGAUUCUGGACGAGUUCAACAAGCUGACUGGCAAGACCUGCAAGCCUUUGACUGCAGUGGGGCACUGAUCGACAAGCUUAUCAACACAGCCUACCUAGUAGGGGGAUCCUCAGUCGGACACUUAGUAUUAAAGAUCCACGAAGCAUUCGUAGCAUUACGAUAUUCGUAAGCCAAUAAUAAAGUACAUGUAUGUAGAUACGAUAGCUCGUAACUCUAGGAAUGCUUUGUGUAUCGGGCCCAGGGUCCAUAUCCUCAGACCUUAGCGGUCAUUGAUUUACGAGCUUUCGCGACUUGUGGUAUAUCAUAUGCUCACAAAUAUCGUAUGUUACGAACGCUGUGUGGAUCAGGCUCCCUGAUUGUAGUCGAAUUUAAAAGGGGCAAAUGUGCAUUCGAGAUAUCAGUUGAGAAAUGGUUCCGAUUCCAGGGGUCAUAUCCAAUAUAAUCUUGACUGUAUUAAUCCAUACAUGUAAACGUUUCGGUUUUCAUAUCUCCUAAGGGGCGAUGGGGUAGCCUAGUGGUUAAGGCGUUAGCUCGUCACGCUGAAGACCCGGGCUCGAUUCCCCACAUGGGUACAAUGUGUUAAGCCCAUUUCUGGUGUUCUCCCCCCUGCCGUGAUAUUACUGGAAUAUUGCUAAAAGUGGCGUAAAACCAAACUCACUCACUCACUCAUAUCACCUAAUGUAAUUUCAGGAGAUUAAACACACACAAAUCCAAAUUUAUGCAUGACCUUUUAUGCACGGAUUGGUUAGGGGUCAUUAAUUUUCGGAAUAGUUUGUGCCAGAUGAAAAUAGAAAUAUAUGGUUGCUACUUUCUGUGAUGAAAAAUCCCAACUCAUUCCUUGAAACGUGUGUUGAUGAUAAAACGUUCUGUCUCAAGCUGUUCCCAAAGAAUAUUCACUAGUGUUUCCUACUGUCUUACGGACGCAAUAAAUGUGUAUGUUUAAUGUGGACGGCUCUCCAAGGUGAUGGUAGGUAGGGUCACGAAUAUCGGAACUCUGUGAAAAUAGUCUUGUGAGUUUUCAAAAUUUACUUUUGAAAAUCACAGCAUCCAAAA